AUGUCUACCGACACGACUGUGACCAAGCCUGCGCUCCCAUCUUCCCCAAAUGUUGAUCCAGCCAUCUUCACCUCAUUACAGUCCAAAAUCGACGAAGAGAGUGCCAUCCGCGACGAAUUGAAAGCUCUGGUCGACAUACUCUCGAAACAAGGCCGGCUCACCCAAUCCAUCCUCUCUCGAAUCCACAACACUCCCACCACAGAGCUCGAGGCCUCCGUCCUAGCACCUUGCUACGAUGCCCUCUCAGAACAGGCAGCUACGGUGAAAAAUCUGGCGCGGUCGGCGUCCAAAUAUCCGUUCUACAAAUGGAACUCAGUAUGGCAGCGGGAUAUUCAGGGUGUGAUCAGCAGUAUGCAGAUGUGUGACUGGCUCAAGAGUGGAAAUCUGGUGACACUCGAGGAAGUCGGCCAAAGACUUGAUGUUCCAGUAAACCUCAAGUCUGAGGAUGCCUUUCACAUCACGGUCGAAGACUACCUCCUAGCUUUAACAUCGAUGACCGAAGAGCUUGCGCGUCUCGCUCCGAACGCGGUGACAGUGGGCGACUAUUCCCGACCUCUACAGAUCUCAAAGUUUAUCAAGGAUGUUCAUGCAGGGUUUCAGCUACUGAAUCUGAAAAACGAUAUCCUCAGGCGACGAGCUGAUGGAAUCAAAUACAGCGUCAAGAAAGUUGAGGAUGUGGUCUAUGAUUUGAGUCUCAGAGAAUUGAUACCAAAAACAUCUGGGGCUACUUGA